AACGUCAAAGCGAGCAAGGGGACUGCGACCGCAGAGAAAGCAAACAGAGAGAGAGAGAGAGAGAGAGAGAGAGAAGCUAGGACACGUAUCUUUAUUUUGUGUUUUCUCACAGGUGGACGGCGAUCUAUUAAUCAAUGAAAAAGUCAGGGGGUUGGCGGUUAAUUUAACAAAGGUCCCCCCCUUAUAAUGAUCCUAUUCAAAGCAUCCCCCAACCGCCUUUCGUCGCUCUUCACUCACCUCUCCUCUUAUAAUUACUCUUUGAAUGGACCUCCCAUGCUUCUUCUAUUCCAGGCCAAAUCUCAUCUAGGGUUACGGUUUCCUCCUCUUCGAUCCCGUCUCCAUUCAGUUGCAGCUGCGGGAUCAUUACCUUGUGCACUCAUGGAUGUCGCCAAAGCAGCUCUCAACAACGCCUCCACAAAACAUGAAAGUGUGGCCAUAAGAGCUGAAAAUAAAAGCUACAGCUAUGCCCAACUCAUUUCAUCCGCUUGCAAAAUUUCGAAUUUAUUGUGCAGUGGAGAUUUUAAAAGUAUUAAGGAGGGGUUUAAUGAUCGAGCUUCUUCUUUUGUUGAAGGCAGCAAUACAGCAGGAAAUCUUCAUGGAGCACGUGUGGGAAUUGUUGCUAAACCUUCUGCUGAGUUUGUUGCUGCAGUUCUAGGAACUUGGCUUACUGGUGGAGUUGCAGUUCCUCUUGCACUCAGCUACCCAGAAGCAGAGCUACUCUAUGUCAUGAAGGACUCAGAUGUUUCGAUUCUUCUAAGCAGUCAAGAACAUCAAGAACUUAUGGAGAACGUUGCUAUUAAAUCUUCAGCUUUAUUUUCUGUUAUCCCUGCUGUUACAAAUUUUGACCAACGUUCAGAAGGAAUAGCUGAUUUGGUUACUAGAUUAACGGUGGAGGUUGAUAACAUGGAAAUGGUUGAAGGAGAAGAACCUGCUUUAAUUUUGUAUACGAGUGGUACAACAGGCAAACCUAAAGGUGUUGUCCACACACACAAAGGAAUACUUGCUCAGGUUCAGAUUCUGUCGGACGCAUGGGAGUAUACAUGUGCCGAUCAAUUUCUACAUUGCCUACCAUUACAUCAUGUUCAUGGACUUUUCAAUGGUCUACUUGCACCGCUUUAUGCUGGCUCUGUGGUUGAAUUCAUGCCAAAAUUUAGUGUACGAGGAGUGUGGCAGAAAUGGCGAGAAUCAUAUCCAAAAGAUGGAAGCAAAGCUGAUGAUGCCAUAACUGUAUUUACAGGAGUGCCAACUAUAUACACUCGGCUGCUUCAAGGCUAUGAAAUAAUGGACCCUGAUAUACAAGUAGCUUCUGCUUCGGCUGCAAAACAGUUGCGUUUGAUGAUGUGUGGGUCAUCUGCACUUCCAUAUCCUGUUCUGAAGCAAUGGGAAGCUGUAACAGGUCACCGCCUUUUGGAACGCUAUGGUAUGACCGAGUUUGUCAUGGCAUUAUCCAAUCCUUUGCAUGGUAAUCGGAAAGGCGGCACAGUUGGUAAACCUCUUCCUCGAGUAGAGGUCAAGAUUAUUGCAGAAGAUGGUUGUGAAGUUAGUUCGAAAGGAGUGGGAGAGCUAUGUGUUAGAAGUCCGUCCCUGUUUAAGGAAUAUUGGAGACGACCUGAGGUAACCAAGGAAUCGUUUCUUGAUGGCGGGUUCUUUAUGACUGGAGAUACUGUUACAGUGGAUGAAGAUGGGUACUAUGUAAUCCUGGGACGUUCUAAUGCUGAUAUAAUGAAAGUCGGUGGUUUUAAGCUAUCAGCACUGGAGAUCGAGGCUGUGCUUCUUGAGCAUGAAGCAGUGUCAGAGUGUUGUGUUUUGGGCUUACCUGACAAGGCCUAUGGAGAGAUUGUGUGUGCUAUAAUUGUUCCUCAUGAAGAUGCGAAGAGAAGAGCAGAACGAGAGUUAAGGCCAGCUGUUAGUCUUGAAGAAUUGCAGAACUGGUCUAAAGAGAAACUAGCUCCAUACAAGAUUCCGACAAAAUUGUUCCUAUGGGACACGCUUCCUCGAAAUGCGAUGGGAAAGGUGAACAAGAAAGAGUUGAAGAGAUUAUUGGAGGAAAGAACAACUUAGAGCUAAAGCAGUAGCCCUGUGUUUAAGAUGAAUGUAUUGGUUAGCAAAUAUUGGAGGAGAAUCCAGUCUCCACAAGCAAUAAAAAGCCAUAUUGAUUCAUUUGGGUUCAUAAACUUAGGCAAAUAAUGUUGUCAUAGGUGUAAAGUUUUUGUAUUAUUGCAUCGAAAUUACCAAACUGUCGGUAUUUUGUUCUCCAUUUAUCAGCUAAUGUAUGUCAGUGAGCCUUUUUUUUAGCACCGAUCAGUUAGCGGCUGUAUACUUAAACAGAUACGUGGGAGUGAAAACAAAUGAAAUAUUUGGCAUCCAAUGAUUUAA